AUGAAGUUCCCUACCCGCAAUGGUACUGGCGUUAUCCGGGGUGACCAGCUCAGCGCACGGAUGUGCUAUGCCACUGCUCUUAAAUCGGUAGCUUGCAAGCCGCCAAUGGAAGCCAUGUCCGUGCAGGGACUACCGAGCAGUAGAGGGCCUAUAGAUGACCCAAGAGAGGAAAUGCCAACGCCGGUGGCGCAGCCUGCCGAAGAGCUCGAAACGGUGAUCCUGAACAAGGAGUUUCCCGAUCGAUGGGUAAAAAUCGGCACCAACCUAGGUCCCGACCUACGAAGGCAGUUAAUCGACUUCUUGUGGCAACAGGCGGAGGUCUUCGCCUGGUCUUACGAUGAUAUGCCUGGCAUAUGA